UCCACUCAUAUGAUCAUAUCCAGCGAUACAACAAAAUGAUGGAGGACAGCAGUGCGCCUUCAAGUUACGUAAGGCUUACAAAGGAAAAAGAACCUCUGGAAGAUAUCACGCCUGGAGAACUCAAUCAACCCGUUCAAGUUCCUCAGUUGAUAGUUCGUACUUGUCCUGAAUGUGGGCAACCUCUACCUCAAAGCUAUGAGCCACCUGCUGAUGAAGACUGGACAACAGGAAUUUGCGGCUGUCUUGAAGAUACUGAUAGCUGCUGGACUGGUCUCUUUUGUCCAUGUUUGUUGUUUGGGCAAAACGUUGAAACCUUGAGAGAAGAUAUUACAAGGAAAGAUGCGUGCUUCUGUCAUGCUUUAUGUGUAGAGGGAGGAAUGUUGGUUGCAGGAGCAACUCUACUCGUCCAUGGUAUUGACCCUAAAACAUCAUUUCUCAUAUGUGAGACCCUGGUUUUCGCUUGGUGGUUGUGUGGCAUCUACAAUGGCUUGUUUCGACAAUCACUGCAGAAAAAAUAUCAUCUCAAGAACUCACCCUGUGAUCCCUGCAUGGUUCACUGCUGCUUGCAUUGGUGUGCCUUGUGUCAAGAGCAUAGAGAGAUGAAGAACCAUCUAUCUGACAACGCUGAAACCCAAAUGACCGUUGUAAAGCCUCCUCCUGUUCAAGAGAUGAACUCUGAUGAUCAGAAACAGGAGCCUGCAUCAUCAUCUACAUCUGCAGCAUCUUCUGGAAAUGGUGAACACACAAAUUUGGAGACACAGCCCGUAUAGAAUUUCCUGAUCACCAUCAAAACAUAUACUACUAUCUUUUUUUUUUUUUUUUCCUUUUUCCUGUUUAUUUUGCAAG